AUGGUGGUUGGCCUCACCGAAGCGUACAAGAAUGUGGGCACCUACAUCCAGCAAAGUAAGCCUCUUCCAUCAUUCUCCGAAGCUCAGUCAAGUCUGUGCCUUGAGGAAAAGGCGUUGGCUGAAAUGCAUGAUGACUCGCCCUCGGCUAUGAUGGCUAAUUCCCAACGUGAGUUUGAUGACUCCACUCCUAUGGAACAUUCUGGUCGUGCACACCAUCAUAGGGGCAAAAAUAACCACAAAAAUCGUGGCUCUAGCGGCGGGAAAAAUAAUGGCGGUGGUCGUGGUUCUGGCAGCGGCAAUGCACACCGUCGCCAUGGUGGUCGUGACCGGCAGCAGGCCCCCAUGCAGCAGUAG